AUGAGUGGGCCACGCACACACAAAGAUGUUGCCCCCGCGCUGUCCUGGGACAUCCAGCGUUGCCCGGUGGCCAGCGACAUUCCGGCCACGCCGUCUUCCUUUGGCCAGGUUGAAUCCAGCUUCAUCAACAAAAAUGAGGACACCAUCUGUUAUGCGAGAGACAGAAACAUUCGGCUAGUAGUCCUAAAUUUAGACUUUGAAAAAGCCUUUGAUCGGGUCUCGCACCAGUACCUCUUUCAAGUGCUGCAAAAAGUGGGCUUCCCGGAGAGGAUGAUAAGAUGGGUGGGAUUGCUGUACCGGGGCAUUACAAGCAAAUUUGUUGCUAACGGACACCUGACAAAAGCAGUUAACAUAAACUGCGGUGUUCGCCAAGGUUGUCCGUUAUCUGCCCUCCUCUAUGUUAUAGGUAUCGAACCUUUGGCAAGAGCCUUGAGAAAAGACAAACAAAUCAAUGGGGUAAUAGUGCCAGGGAGUGGAGGACUCGAAACCAAAUGCAUCUUAUAUAUGGACGACAUAAACAUCAUAUGCACUGAUCUUUCAUCUGUCUACAGGACACUGGACCUCACUGACUGGUAUGGACGGGCCUCUGGGUCAAAGCUCAACAGAAGCAAGACCCAAGCUCAAUUUUAUGGACCAUGGAAGGCCACAGAAACCACAGAACUCCCCCUGACUGUGACCCAGACUGAUCAAAGAAUACUUGGGAUCAAAUUCAAUGCAGAAGGGCGGGGGGAAACCAAUUGGCCAGACGUGAUAAGAAAAGUUAGGCAGAGACUAGGUUACUGGACACUGAGAGGACUGACCUUAGAAGGAAAGGUUCUAAUUAUCAAAGCUGUGAUCUUACCUUUGUUUCUACUCAUCUGUUCUGUUUUCUUACCACCAAAAAAAGUGCUUUCAGAGUUGGAAAGAGCCAUCUUUUAUUUCCUGUGGGGGUCCAAGUGGGAACGACUGAGAAGAAGUGAAAUGAAAAAGACAAAGAAAAAAGGAGGAAAAGGAGUGCCGGACCUGCUUUUGUUCUUAGGAAGCAGAUACACUGCACUGCAUCUCACCGCUGCAACAGCACCAUCAAGAAACCCAAAGACUGCAGCAAUAACCCAGUUCUGGAUGGGGUCCUAUCUCAGAACUUUAAAACUUAUACCCAAGGAUUUGAGAAAACCAGUUUCCUUUAACCUGCCACCGGCCUAUGCUUUUAUCCAGACCUUUUUACAAAAUUUUAAACUCGAACAGGAGGACUUAAAGGCACUAACUAAUCACCGCUGUCUAAUUUCUGUUGUGCAGGAACGAGAUCCAGUUACCCCAGUACGUGGGCUAGCAUUUGGAAAGCCAUCAACAGUUUGGCACAAUGUAAACAACCCUGCUCUUCCAAACAGACUCCGGGACCUGUCAUGGAUGGUGGCUCACGAGAUCCUCCCAGUCAGGUCCGUCAUGUACUCCCGCGGGAUGUCUGCACACUCGACCUGCCCCAGACCAGGCUGUGGCGCACCAGAGUCUGUGAGGCACCUGCUGUGGGAGUGCAGUGCUGCCGUAGACCAGUGGGCAAUGGCCGGCUCCUUGAAUUUCCCGUACUUGCCAGCAAAGGAGGUCCUGACAGCGCAGCUAGUGUUGUAUGGGGUGAGCGAAAAAGCAAAAAUCCCAGCAAGUGACUUUGCCAAACAGUGGGUCACCCUAGUCGCAAUUACAGAUGCCAUAUGGACCUCCAGAAACAUGCUGGUAAGAAGGCACAUGCAGAUCCCCCCCAUGGCUGUGACCCGAAUGGCCGCAGCAACGGUCCAAAUGGCCGCAGGCGGAAGGCCAAGGGCACAGCCAAAAAGAAGAAUCGCCUCUGUGCCCAUUCGGACGAAGGAGCCGGAGCCACACAUGCAGAGGUCAAAGCAGCGGCGGCCUGACUCUCCGGGAGAGGCAGGUGGGAAGGAGCAUUGGGUGGGGCUCUCCUGAGUACCAACUACAGAGUACCCAGGAAAAUCCGUUUUGAAGAGAGAGA